AAGAGUGGUGUUUCAGUUCAGUGAGGUCUUCAGAGCUAUAAGUUGAAAAAUAAGACGAUGAACGCGUUGAACUGAGACUAUCUUUCGUUUCGCAUUUUUUAUAAACAAUCAAUUAAAACAGAUAAUGUUGACAAUUAACGCAUAAAUGACUCAUUUAAAUUCAAUUUGACCGUUACGUUUACAGUGAAUUAAGUAAGGCUUAAACAGUGGUGUCCAAUAGGUUUACGUUUUUUUAAAAAAAGAAGAAAACUACCCGAGACCAAGAGUGGCGGUAGAAUAGAUAUAAUUUAUUGAAACCGAAUCAAGUUUCGUUACAACAAUUUAUUGUUUUUUUAUUGUAAAUAAAAUGUCUUCCUCGGACCUAAUCAAUUGGCUGGUUGUAAUAGUUUCGGUAAACAUUUGCAGCACACUAUCGCAACAAAUAUACAAUCCAACAAAUGAUCUUCCCGUUCGAUAUCUGCCUACAAAUGACGAAGAAUUGUCUAGGUUUGACCCGAAAAUUCUGGACAUGGGAGAUCGUAAGCAAUGGCGUAAUUUACCACAGUCACAGCCCAUUGAUGUGAAACAAGAAAUAGAAAAAUUGAAUACAACACAUUUGUUACAAAGUACGUGGCCAACGCCAUCCAGAAAACUCGGGACUGUCAGUCAGGUUAGCUUCGAUUUAAGCGGAAACGUUGUGGUAUUUCACCGUGGUGAUAACGUUUGGAAUUCAGAAACGUUUAGCAUUAGGAAUGAGUAUCAAGGAGAACGAGUUCCUAUCAAAGAUAAUACAUUGAUUGCGUUCAAUAGGACAACGGGCAGUGUUGUCUACGAAUACGGGAAGGAUUUAUUUUACAUGCCACACGGCCUAACAAUCGAUCAUGAAGGAAAUGUAUGGGUCACUGAUGUCGCUUUACAUCAGGUGAUGAAAUUUAACGCCAAGGGAGACAUGAAGACUCCUGAAAUAACGCUUGGCAUGGCGUUCAAGCCAGGCCCCAGUAAAUCUCAAUUUUGCAAACCGACUGCAGUCGCUGUUUUACCGGACGGGCAAUUUUUCGUAUCGGACGGGUACUGCAAUUCACGGAUCCUCAAAUAUUCGAAAGAAGGAAAACUUCUGUUCAAUUGGGGACAGAAUUCGUUUCAAGGGCAAGCGUUCGAUGUAGCUCCGGAAAACUAUUUCGCCAUACCUCAUGCGCUGGCAUUAGUUCCCGAAAUGGAUUUACUGUGUGUGGCCGAUCGGGAAAAUGGUCGUGUUCAAUGCUUUUACACGUUGAACGGUACAUUCCAUUCGCAGUAUCAUAGUCCGAUAAUUGGAGAUCGACUGUUUAGCGUAGCCUAUGCGCCCAUCCAAGGCGGACAACUGUUUGUGGUGAAUGGACCAACACUGUCGCUAAAGCCUGAACAUUAUAACGAAGUUCGGGGCUACGUGAUUGACAUGAAAACCAAAAAUGUGGUGGGAAAAACAGACCAACAAUUUUCGAAUCCUCAUGACAUCAUAGUGUCCGCGGAUGGAAUGGAGGUUUAUGUGGCUGAACUGAACCCAACCAAGGCGUACAAGUUUUUAAGCGUCAACUAUCAGCCAGUCAAUCAAAGUUCGCUGAAUGCGAAGCCUGUGACGCUAGACGAUCCGAUGGUAAUAUCGGAUAGCACACGCAAUUUACAGAAAGCUGAGCCCGGCGCUACAGCCCUAUUGGUUAUAUCAUUAGUUGUCGUUUUCGCCCUUCUAACCAUUGGCAUUGCACUGCUGAUAUCACGCAGACGUAAGCGAGGUUGUCUACCAUUCGACAAUCGGAACAGACGACACGCAUGGGAUUUUCCAACGGUUAAAACCGAUGCAUUCAAAUUGGGCAAUUUAUUGGAUCGGAAACGAGGAUUCGAGAAAUUGAAUCAAGAAGCCAGCGAUGAAGAGCAGCCCAAUGCAUCCACAAAUAUGCUCGCUUAAAGUGAGACAUCGUCAAUUUCAGUAUUAACAUCAGAGCAAGAAAAAAAUUCAAAUUUUAACUUUCAAACAACAUAAAAUAGAGAAAUGAGAUUUUUGUUAAAUAUUUGCAUCCAGACAACAUAAUAGAGACUGACGACGGUUCAGAGUGAGUGGACCGUCGAAGAACCAAGUAAUUUCUUAAUGAUUUUUUGUAAAUUAAUUUAAAAAGAUGGAAAUUAAAUCAAUUUAACAUUAGACGUAUGAAGACUUCAUUGUAGAUAGACACCAAAGAUUAAAUACAAACAUAUUGAAUAAAAAGACAAAAAAAUAAAGAAAAUAA